GACAUACCUAUACUUGUUCUGCUACAUAAUGUUAUGUAUAUGUUUGUAGACAUUUUCAUAUCAGCAGCGAAUGCAAUCGACAAAGGGAAAUUAGUAAAUAUAAACAAAAACACCGGUCUCAAUAAGCUACUUAAACCACUGUUUUAAGCUGAACUUUGUCAAAAUUCACAUUGUAAAUGCAAUUAUUCAGGCGGUCACUGCUUUCUUUAAAUCACGCUCCGUCAGUAUUUACUACGCGUAAACUGCUUGUGACUUUUGUAGCUGCCGUGAAUAUAUUAAAGGUUUCUACUGCCUCCAGCCAAGGCAAUUUAUACGAUAAAAGUUGUAGCCGUUCUUUAAGUUCAAGUUGUGAAGAAAUGAGUGGACCUGCUGAAGAUUCAUAUGUCGAAGGUAGCAGCUCGGUGGCAUUUGUAACAACACCCGAUGAAAAAUUAGCGAAAAAAUUAGCACAAGGUUUGGUGGAAAGGAAAUUAGCUGCAUGUGUCAACAUUAUUCCGCAAAUACAAUCCAUAUAUAUGUGGGAGGGAAAAGUGAAUGAGGACAAUGAGUAUUUAAUGAUGAUCAAAACAAGGACCAGUCGUGUGGAUGAAUUGGUCAAAUUUGUGCGUGAGAACCACUCUUACAGUGUGGCUGAGGUGAUAACCUUGCCCAUUGAAAAGGGCAAUGCACCAUAUUUAAAUUGGAUUGCACAGACUGUGCCAGAUAAGAAAUAAAAAAAGGCGAUGAGUGGAAGAAAUAUGCAAUUAAAGACUUUGAAACUCUAAGAGAUGUUAUUUAAAAUACACACGAAAUAAAUAAAAUAAAACGAAUUCUUAUC